AUGCUAGGCGGCUAUAGAGCCAGACUAGCAGCACAAGACGUAGUAGCAAAUCCAACGAAACAUGAAGAACUUCCUGAAGUCCAAGCCCAACGCCAAGCCGAGCAAUGCUUCGUCAGUGAUCUCACAAACCUAGGAAAGGUAAAAGCCUCUCAGAUCAAGCGAAGACUUCGAGUGGCAGACACUUUCGGAAAAGGUCAGCGAGAACUACAGAUUGUGGUCACGACUGACUACAAGGUUUUUGUAUUCUUAGUCAAGCCAUGGUCGGGAAAAUACAAGCCAGGAGCAGAUGCGAAGGACUGGAUGAAGAUAACUGAAACAGAGGAGCAGACAACGAUCAAAAUGAUGAAAUCCCCACUUCUCGAAAUUGAGCAACAAUGCAAGCUUCUUCACAGCCACCUUGUUUCAACCGGUGCUCCCGUAAAAUCGAACGCCGUCGAGGGAUUCCUUAUCUUCUCCGAUUCUUCCAUAGAACUACCUGAAGAUAUUCUCGAACUAGAGCAUGUCCUGACAGGCUCAAAAAUCAAAGCGUUCUGUCGAAAACUCGAGAAAACUUGGACUCAAUAUUUUACUGACCCUCUGAAGCCAUCGUUUUUCACUGGCGCACUUUCUUACAAGCAACUUUCUGCUGCUUCUGUCGGUCUUUCCAAGGGAGGAUCUUAUGAUAAAAUACAACUAACAGGAGGCCGCUUGAUCGAGGGCGAUUUCAAGGCUUGCCCGAUGACCUCGUUCGACCGAUCUGAAAUCGGUCGACUUGAUUUCAUCCACAAUCGAACAACCUGGUUUGGCUCUGCGAAAGCUCUUCUCGGCGCUCAACCCACCGUUACAAUCCGGCUUUAUAAGCGCGGCCAAACUCCUGGUUGGAUAUCAAGCGGAAUCUUUUCUACAAACGAGAUUCCUUUCAACGUCUCUGUCGACUUCCACGCUGCUGGUGAAACUGCCGUUGCGAAAAUUCCAGUCAACGAAAUUGAAUUUAUCACACUUGCUUGA